AUGGUUGCGAGGGCAUUUAUUUUAUUUUUGGUGGGUUGCACCUUGUUCAGCGACAAGAGUGCCUUCGCAAUGAGCGUUGCCUACCUUGAAUGCUUCAGAGACCUCAACUCAUGCGGGGGAUAUGCAUGGGGGGCUGCUGUGCUUGAUUUCCUAUACGACAAUCUUCGAGAAGCGAGCAUGCAUCAGACUAGAACGGUAUCAGGGUAUCUAACACUAUUACAGGCGUGGGUGUAUGAGCAUUUUCCAGCAUUAUGUGCAAAUUUUUGUAGACUAUCUCAUAUUUAUGUUGAGGACUAUCCUAGAGCACUUAGAUGGAAGCCAAAACAAGAUAAAGGUUUGGUUAUUCCAUUUAGGAAAGCACUCGACGAGAUUGAUGUUGAUGACAUAUGUUGGACACCCUACAGAGAGCAUAGACCGAAGCGACCAUUUGAGGUUGUUUCAUUAUUCAGAGGGUGGAUACGCUGGGGUCCCAAGAUGUAUGCUCACUUCCCAGAUAAGGUAUUGCGUCAAAUAUGGAUAUGUCCAAACCAUCCCUGA